UGAGUGUCACAUCCUCAUACCCACUCUUAUCAGGGCAAGAAUCGCCAUUGUCGAAUCUUUGAAGCUUCGUAUUUAACCGCAAACAACGAAUUCAAUCUUCUUCCACUCUCUUAAUUUCAAAUGCUUUCGUUCCUUCGUCGUCUCAACACGCCUUGAGCUGAUCUCUCUGGAACUGUUCUUGUUCUGGUUCUGGUCCCGCCAUGGUUUCGCUAGCAGGAGAAACUCACUCCAAUCGAUUUCUCUCAACAACGCAGACUCAUUACUCUUCCACUUCCAUCUCUUCUUUCACAGCUUCUAAGGUUCAGAGGACGCCAGGUCGAUCCAUGCGAACGAUUCGUUCCAAUCUUUUCCAAAAUGACCCUUGUCGCUCAUUUCCUUCUGUUGCCGACGGAAAUUCAGCCGCCGUCUCUGAGAACUUGUCGGAAUCCGUUAUCGAUUUCAGAUUGAGAGAGCUUGCUGUAGAUAGCAACAAACCGGUUAAGUCAUCAGCUCCUGCAUCUGAUCUCCUUGACCUCUCUCAAGUUUUCAGUGAGUUCUCCGUCUGUAGUAGUGACAUCUCCGGAGAGUUGCAGAGGUUAGCUUGUGUUCCAUCACCUGAUCAUAUUCACAACCCUGACGACGUUGAUCUGGAGCCCGAUUCUAACUGUGAAACUUUCCUCGAGUCAUGGUUGGGGUAUAUGCAGCGGGAGAAUCUGUCCUCGGAGAUACACGACAACGCUCCGCCGGAAAAUCUCGAACCAGCCGUUAAAGCAUGCGUUGAAGGUCUCCAGUCUCAGUCCAUUGCUAUCAAACGCUUGGCCGCGGCUAAGCUACGUCUUCUCGCUAAGAACCGAUCUGAGAAUCGAGCUAUCAUUGGUGAAUCUGGUGCUGUUCCCCCCUUGAUUCCUCUCCUCCGUUGCAGUGACCCGUGGGCGCAGGAACAUGCUGUAACAGCUCUAUUGAAUCUCUCUCUCCAUGAAGACAAUAAAACCCUGAUUACGGAUGCAGGGGCUAUAAAACCUCUCAUUUAUGUUCUUAAAACAGGCACAGAGGUGUCGAAGCAGAACGCUGCUUGUGCUCUGCUCAGUCUCGCGUUUAUCGAAGACAACAAGAUCUCAAUUGGUGCAUGCGGAGCUAUUCCACCCUUGGUUUCUCUGCUCCUAAACGGCUCCACUCGCGGGAAGAAAGAUGCGCUUACCACGCUCUACAAGCUCUGUACUGUGCGGCAAAACAAAGAGAAGGCCGUUAGCGCCGGAGCCGUGAAACCACUAGUGGGGAUGGUUUCAGAGCAGGGUAGCGGUUUGGCGGAGAAGGCUAUGGUGGUUUUGAGCAGUUUGGCCGUUAUUCCAGAGGGCAAAACGUCUAUUGUCGAGGAAGGUGGGAUUCCGGUUCUGGUCGAAGCCAUCGAGGACGGAUCGAUGAAAGGGAAGGAGUUCGCAGUCUUAACGCUUCUGCAGCUCUGUGUGGACAGUGUUCGGAACAGGGGUUUGCUUGUAAGGGAAGGUGGAAUCCCUCCGUUGGUCGCUCUCUCACAGUCAGGAAGCGCCCGAGCGAAGCACAAGGCUGAAACAUUACUUGGGUAUCUGAGAGAACCGAGGCAAGAAGCGUCCUCUUCUAAUCCUGUGGAGAGGUAAUGGAAUUUCAGCAGUGGGUACUUUGUGUUCUUGACUCUGUACAUAGCUGAGUGAGUGUUCGGAUAAUGGUUUUGUUUGUACAGUCUGUGAACCAUGAACUGACUUGUAGGGUUAUCUAAACUAAAGAUUUUGAGUA